AUGGGAAGCAAACCCUGCACCCCGUCGCCGCAUCCCUUGCCUAAUCGUUUGUCCCAAGAUUCAGAUUCCAAAGAUACAGUUCAACGUUAUCCGGUUUUCUGGAACCGGAGUCCCGGAGAACCUGAGCUCUACGGCGGUCCUAGUCGCAAUUGCGGUCCUUGGAAAAAUUUCCCAAUCUAUUGCCUAGGCUUGAUAGAAGCUGGUUUCUCUCGGUUACCGAAACAAGAUGCUGGCAAUUUCGACUCUCUCCCCCAUCAAGGAUCAGUUGAAGAUCACAUCAGACUUUUGAAAAUAAGUCAAGAAGUGAUGCAGAAGUUGAUCAGCGACAAGCGUAUCCAGGACGCCGCUACUCCAGCCCUGCUUCACCCUGAUUUCCACAAAAGGAACAUCUACGUCUCACCCGAGGACCCAACCACCAUCACUGGCAUAAUUGAUUGGCAAUCAGCAAGCAUCGAGCCUGCAUUCAUAUACGCCAACGAGACACCCGACUUCGCCGCCCUCCCUGAUCCAGACCUAGAGGAAAUCCUACUCGAAAACGACUCGGAAGACCACAAACCUCCCACACCCCAGAGCAAAGAACUCAAAGACGCAUCAAUCUGCCACCAAACAUACGACGUCUGCAUGAAAGGACUUACACUCAGACUCCGCCCCGCAAGGCUCCUUGAUCCAACUUUGUUCCGAGUCUUUCAGUACUGCCAUACGUCAUGGAGAGAUAAUGCCACGGCCCUCCGCCAAGAGCUAGUCGAGCUUUCAGCGCGCUGGACAGAGAUGGGACUACAGGGCUCUUGUCCUGCUUCUUUGAAAGAGGAGGAGUUGAAGAAACACGCUCAAGAUUAUGAAGACUUCGAGACCGUGCAAAGACUUAAACUGUGGCUGCGAGACUCUCUCCAGACAAACUCGGAUGGAUGGGUUCCAAAUGAUGUAUGGGAUGCUGCGAGGGAGGCUCACCGCGCGGUGUAUGAUGAGUGGAUACAGACGGCUAGAGAGGCUGAGGCUCGUGGGGAGGAUAUGACGGUAGCGAAGGCGGAGAGGUUGUGGCCGCUUGAUGCUAGGUGA